CUCCGCGCGCGCGGUAGUGAUGGAACGUUGCUAGUUCGCGGGUCCAGCUGCUGGGGCCCCGGGGAUCACUGUUCGCCGCGCGCUGGAGCGGGGGUCUGGGAGGCAAGCAGGCAGCUCAUCGAUUAAUUGCAAGCAUUCAGAACUCCUGAAUUAGUAAAUUACCAUGCACAGGAAGCACCUUCAGGAGAUUCCGGACCAGAGUAGCAACGUCACCACCAGCUUCACGUGGGGAUGGGAUUCCAGCAAGACUUCUGAGCUGCUAUCAGGCAUGGGUGUCUCUGCCUUGGAGAAGGAGGAGGUGGACAGUGAGAACAUCCCCCAUGAACUGCUCUCAAACCUCGGCCACCCCCAGAGCCCUCCAAGGAAACGGCUAAAAAGCAAAGGGAGUGACAAAGACUUUGUGAUCAUCCGUAGGCCUAAGCUCAAUCGAGAGAACUUUCCAGGUGUUUCCUGGGACUCCCUUCCAGAUGAGCUGCUCCUUGGUAUCUUUUCCUGCCUGUGCCUCCCUGAGCUGCUGAGAGUCUCUGGGGUUUGCAAGAGGUGGUACCGCCUCUCGCUCGAUGAGUCUCUCUGGCAGUCCCUCGACCUGGCAGGUAAAAAUCUGCACCCCGAUGUGACUGUUCGCUUGCUUUCUCGAGGGGUGAUUGCCUUCCGCUGCCCACGAUCAUUCAUGGAGCAACCAUUGGGUGAAAGUUUCAGCUCUCUUCGUGUACAGCACAUGGACCUGUCCAACUCUGUUAUAAACGUGUCAAACCUCCACGGGAUUCUGUCUGAGUGCUCCAAGCUGCAGAAUCUAAGCCUGGAAGGCCUGCAGCUUUCGGAUCCUAUUGUCAACACUCUCGCACAGAAUGAAAACUUGCUGCGACUAAACCUCUGUGGGUGCUCUGGAUUUUCCGAGUCUGCCGUGGCAACUCUGCUUAGCAGCUGCUCCAGACUGGAUGAGCUGAAUCUCUCCUGGUGCUUCGACUUCACGGAAAAGCAUGUGCAAGCAGCUGUGGCACAUUUACCGGGAACCAUCACCCAGCUGAACCUCAGUGGCUACCGAAAGAACCUCCAGAAAACAGAUCUUUGUACCUUAAUUAAACGGUGCCCCAACCUUGUCCGCCUCGACUUAAGUGACAGUAUCAUGCUAAAGAAUGACUGCUUUCCAGAAUUUUUCCAACUCAGCUACCUCCAACACCUCUCCCUUAGCCGGUGCUACGACAUAAUACCUGAAACUCUACUUGAACUUGGAGAAAUCCCCACACUGAAAACACUACAAGUUUUUGGAAUCGUGCCAGAUGGUACCCUUCAGCUGCUGAGAGAAGCCCUCCCUCACCUGCAGAUUAACUGCGCCUACUUCACCACCAUCGCAAGGCCAACUAUGGACAACAAAAAGAACGCGGAGAUUUGGGGCAUCCAGUGCCGACUGACACUGCAAAAGCCCAGCUGUGUGUGACGAGCCUCCUGCAGGGUGCCGUCUCCUGUUCCUUGAGGACGAGGGACCAGGCAGCACAUCCAGCAGCCGGAGACUGGUUGCUCCUCAUACUGCUUUUACCUUAGCCUCAUUCCACAUGUAUGUUAGGGAACCGUUUGCAAGGGGCAACUAAGAAGUGUUACUUUUUCAAAAACAGGGAUGAUUCUGUCAGUGCUGUGCCCUAAGAGCCUAAUUACUAGUUAGGUCUUUGGAAAUUUUAGGUAAGCCUAUUAUUUCAAAAUAGCUUUUUAAAGCAAAAUUUGAGCCAACUUCCAAGUGCCCUUCUGAUUAAGUCCAUUUAGAAUGAAGUUCUAAAAUUUACCCCAGGCUAACAAUUUUCAUGGUGUUUGUCAUAACUUUUUAUCCUAUUUAAUUAUUCAGUAUUUUGUAAAACUUGAUUUUGAUGAGCAAUAAGCUAGCGAGUGUAUGGUGGGCUGGGUGGAAAGCAGCAGGGGCUUGUAGUGUCUGAGGCAGUCUCUUCUGGGAAUUCACGCGUUUCAACUUUGUGUGCAGGUUAGUACAAUAGAAAUAUGGUCCUGCAUAAUGUACCCUAAACUCUAAGUGAAAAACAAACACAGAGAGACGCAGGCGGAAAGACAGAAUCGGCGUAGUUUGAAGCAUCAAAAGGCUGCUUUCCAAAGCCAGGUUAAUAUGAAGUAUGCUUUAAUGUUUUUAGGUACUGUGCUAUGUUCCCAGAAUCCUAAAAUAGGUGAGGAGAUCUAAUUGUGCUUUUUUAACUUUAUAAUCAACUUAUGUUACGUGGAUUGUUUAGCUCUUUAAGUUUGCUUGCUUUGUUUUAGAAAUGUAAUAUUCUAAUCAGCAUUCUUGAGAAGUCGGGGAGAAGAAUUCUGUGCUGAUCUUGUUUGCCGUUACUUCCUUUAGCGCUGCAGUUAUUUUUAUAUUAUUCUGAAAUCAUGGACUUGAACUUCUUUUAAGUGUUCUUACACAUAAUUGCUUGAAACUACCCAUUAGGUUACUGGACCUAAAGUUCCUUAGGUAGCCCUGAUUUCUCGCCAUCAGAAACACAGGAGAAGUAGGCGCAGGCGCAGCUGCUGACCGUGUGGCGUGACUUCACCUAAGUUUUUAAGACUCGCUGGGCGGAAAACCUCUUGCUAACACACGUUUUUACCGCUUCAUACAGAAGCAAAAAGAUCAAAUUGUGUUUCUUAGAAAAUGAAAAGAAAAAAAAUCAAGGCAGUUACCUCUUCGGUGUGUGACAGAGCCACAAUGCAUUUCUGUCAACUUUGUCAUCAAAACUUCUACUGUUACAAUAACAUGAAGUGCCUUCAACUGCUCAGACCUACAGGACACUUUCGUGUGUCACACAGGAGUGAAUAGGCUUCAGUUCCCUAGUAGUUAAAAGAGUGCUAACUACUACUUGAAACUAUUGUUUACACAUUAGUGCCAGCCCUAUGGUGGGCUCUGGCUGGGCGCUGGCCUCCAGGCACCCUCAGACACAGUAUCUGUUCUUCCUCACUCAAGUCCAGCUGUGAGCUAUUUUGCCAACAUGUCGCAGUAAUCUGUAUUUUUGUAUGUGAUUUCUACUUUUAUAGACUCAUUUUAAAAUAAAGUACAUUUUUAUAAAAACGA